AGCGCCAGCUGGAGAAGAAGAAGGAAGCGUUCCAGUUCCGGCGCGACGUCGAGGACGAGAAGCUGUGGAUCGACGAGAAGAUGCCGCUGGCCGAGUCGACCGAGUACGGCAACUCGCUGUUCAACGUGCACGUGCUGAAGAAGAAGCACCAGUCGCUCAACACCGAGAUCGACAACCACGAGCCGCGCAUCAUGACGAUCUGCAACAAUGGGCAGAAGCUGAUCGACGAGGGGCACGAGGAUGCGGGCUCGUACGCGGAUCUGAUCAGCCAGCUGACGCAGAAGUGGCAGGAGCUGAAGGAUGCGGUCGAGAACCGGCACCGCCAGCUCGACCAGUCCGAGAAGGUGCAGCAGUACUUCUUCGACGCGGCCGAGGCUGAGUCGUGGAUGAGCGAGCAGGAGCUGUACAUGAUGGUGGAGGACCGCGGCAAGGACGAAACGUCCGCCCAGAAUCUGAUGAAGAAGCACGAGAGUCUGGAGCAGUCGGUGGAGGACUAUGCCGACACGAUCCGUCAGCUGGGUGAGACCGCCCGUCAGCUUACGACCGAGCAGCACGCGUACAGCGACCAGGUGUCGGUGAAGCAGUCCCAGCUCGACAAGCUGUACGCCGGACUGAAGGAUCUGGCCGGAGAGCGCCGGGCCCGCUUGGACGAGGCGCUGCAGCUGUUCAUGCUGAGCCGCGAGGUGGACGAUCUGGAGCAGUGGAUUACCGAUCGCGAGGUGGUGGCCGGUUCGCACGAGCUGGGCCAGGAUUACGACCACAUUACGCUGCUGUGGGAACGGUUCAACGAGUUCGCGCAGGAUACGGCCACCGUUGGCAGCGAGCGGGUGGCGAAGGCGAACGGCAUUGCGGACGAUCUGAUCCAUGCUGGGCACUCGGACAGCGCCACCAUCGCGGAGUGGAAGGACGGGCUGAACGAGUCGUGGCAGGAUCUGCUCGAGCUGAUCGAAACGCGUAAGGCGAUGCUGGCCGCUUCGCGCGAGCUGCACAAGUUCUUCCACGACUGCAAGGACGUGCUGGGCCGCAUCAACGAGAAGCAGCACGGCGUGUCGGAGGAGCUCGGCCGCGACGCCGGUGUCGUGUCGGCGCUGCAGCGCAAGCACCAGAACUUCAUCCAGGACCUGAUGACGCUCCACUCGCAGGUGCAGCAGAUUCAGGAGGAGUCGGCCAAACUGCAGGCGGCGUACGCGGGCGAGAAGGCGCGCGAAAUUACGAACCGUGAGCACGAGGUGCUGAACGCCUGGGCCCACCUGCAGUCGAUGUGCGAGGAGCGCCGGGGCAAGCUGGCCGAUACGGGCGAUCUGUUCAAGUUCUUCAACAUGGUGCGCACGCUGAUGCUGUGGAUGGAGGAUGUGGUGCGACAGAUGAACACGUCCGAGAAGCCGCGCGACGUGUCGGGCGUCGAGCUGCUGAUGAACAACCACCAGAGCCUGAAGGCGGAGAUCGACACACGCGAGGACAACUUUAGCGCGUGCCUGGCGCUCGGCAAGGAGCUGCUGUCGCGCAACCACUACGCGUCGGCGGAUAUUAAGGAUCGAUUGCUGCAGCUUACCAACAGCCGGAAUGCGCUGCUCCAUCGGUGGGAGGAACGUUGGGAGAACUUGCAGCUGAUCCUGGAGGUGUAUCAGUUCGCUCGGGAUGCUGCCGUCGCCGAGGCAUGGCUUAUCGCACAGGAACCGUACCUGAUGUCAACCGAGCUGGGCCACACGAUUGACGAGGUGGAGAAUUUGAUCAAGAAGCAUGAAGCCUUCGAGAAGUCUGCCGCCGCCCAAGAGGAACGCUUUAGCGCAUUGGAGCGAUUGACAACGUUUGAGCUCAAAGAAAUGAAGCGUCGCCAGGAUGCGGCCGAGGAAGCGGAACGCCAGCGGCUCGAAGCGGAAGCGGCGGCAGCACGUGCGGCAGCCGAGGCAGAGGCCGAAGCCAUCCGGCAGCAGGAAGCAGCCGCAGCCCGUGACGCAGCCGAUGCACCCGGAUCGCCACAUUCCACCCGAGAGCAGGAGUCAGUCGCCGGUGAAACGCUCGUGUCGCGGCGGCAUUCCGGCGUACCGAAGGAGCGGUCCAGCAGCUCGGCCAGUGCAUCGGCCGGCGUCAAGGUCAGUCGACGGUCUCGCUCCAAGAGUCCGUUCCGCAGCUUCCGGUGGAAGCGCACCGCUUCGAAGGCGGACGACGGGGCAGCCUCCGAUGACGAAGAUCGUCCUAGUCCAGGUGGCGCAGACGAAGGUGCACAGGAAGGCAUCCUUACCCGCAAGCACGAAUGGGAAUCCACUACCAAGAAAGCUUCGAACCGUUCCUGGGAUAAGGUGUACUGCGUUGCCCGCAGUGGCCGGUUAACGUUCUUCAAGGAUCAGCGAUCGGCGAAAUCGGUACCGGAACAGACGUUCCGCGGCGAGCCGCCGCUAGAGCUGAAGGGCGCCCAGAUCGAGAUUGCCAGCGACUACACGAAGAAGAAGCACGUGUUCAGAAUCAAGCUAUCGAAUGGCGGCGAAUUCCUGCUCCAGUGUCACGACGAUGCGGAGAUGCAGCAAUGGGUAACCGCUUUGAAAGCACAAUGCGAGCUUGACGCUAGCGGCGAAGGUCGUUCGCUAACGCUGCCCGCUUCCUCUCAGAAGGAUGAACAGAAGAGACGGUCAUUCUUUACACUGAAGAAAAACUAAGAAAGUUACGAAAACACACAUAAACUCGUUAAACAGACGAACAAUUACAACAUUGCAGAAACAGAAGAAGAAAAAAACAAACACAGCUAAAAAUUACAAACUAGUUAUCCUUAGAAACUUCUCUCGCUCUCGCAAAGCAAAAAAAAAAGAAAACAUACGGACACAUACGAGAGUCACCACACACAACGCCGCAAACACACGAAAACAAUGCGAACACAGUCGCGUCACGCAAACUCUAUCCUUAAGCCAGCCAUCCAAGCGCGGGCUCUGUGCGUGUUUGCCGCCUCGAUCAAUCUUUGUUCAGGCACUGGAAGUAGCUUGUUAAGGUGCUGCUAUCGCAGACAGCUGCAGCGCGUGCGCGACUCCCCCUCCGUCUCCCAGACUCCCCCAGAUUGGAAUGGAUUGGUUCGUGUUUCGUUUUCCGUUUAAGUUGUUCUACCUGUUUGCCCCGGCGUGUGGCAUUAAUGUGUAGCAACAAAAAAUGCCCACGAUUGGCGCCAUAAGGCUUCAUUGGAUUUAAUGGAUGAUGAUGGUGUGCAACUCAUGGUGGAUGCAGCGUGUGCCCUCUACCGCCGGAAGCGAACGAGAUAGAGACCGAGAACGCGCGAACCAGGAACGCUGGAAGGAUUCACCACGACGUGGUGGUGGUGAAGAAGAAGCAGCAAGCGAGCGGGGUUGGCUUUACACGAUGCAACAUUAUUUCGUUUUUAUUUGUUAUAUCGAUGAGGACUAUAUUUUUAUUGCGUAUACAAAUUAAUUAUUUUACAUUAUUAAACUUGACGAAAAUGGCGCCAUGCGCGAGUAUGUGUGUGUGUUUGUGUAAUGAAAAUAAUAAAAAAAGAAUGCAGAAAUCAAGCUAUUGACGUCAGUCAAGAACAAGAGAUGUGAAAAUUCUCAAUUUCAAUGCAAUUUUUCAAACUCACGCAUGCACACACAUACAAAGAUAUUGUAGGACAGUUUAGGCGAUUUCUGUUUCGGCUGAAACAGUUAGCUAGAGCAGCUAGGCAAGGUAAGCGCAAAAGAACUUUGUGAAAGUAAUACAGCACUAGAAAGGCAAAACGUUGUAAUAAAACUCCCAUCGCAAUAGAUGAUGGUAGUGGAAACAAAACUUUGUAACAAAUAUUGCGCAUGCUUUAAGGCGUUCUAAAAGGCAACAAAUGUAAUGAUGAAAUCAACCAUACACAAACAAACAAACAGACGUAGCAAGGAUGAAACAUUUCUGACAACAUUCAGACUAGAAAGGAGCAAAAUGGAGAAACAAAUACAAAAGAGUAGAAGAAGAUGCGGAUGAUGAUGGUAGCCAACACAAGCGAGCGAGCGCUACAACGCAACGCCAGGCGCAUGCUGAAUUAAAUCCCACGAUCAAAACAACAAUUUAUAGUGCAAAUUUCCAAUGGGAGAGGAAUGCAGCAGGAGGAGCAAUCCUUACAUACAAAUACAAAGAUGUAAAAGCGAAGUAAAGAAGUAGUAAUAUAUUUAUUUAAAAGAAUAAUUUAUCGAAACACAAACACGUGUGUGCUCGCUUGAAGGCGCGAGCGAAAAUAGUAAAGCGAAGAUAAAUAAGAACACAGCUAGCUAACGCGAUACAUACACAAAAGAACCAUGUGAACACGCAAAUAAAUCGAAACAAAGUGAAAUGAAAAUAUGAAAAUGGAAGCAUUACUACUACUACUUCUACUACCUACCUACCUACCUAUCGCUACUAUAACACUUCGAAGAGGCUUCAGUUUCGUUUCGUAAAAGAAAAGAAUCUCGAACGCGUUUCGGUGUGGUGUCUAACAUGGGAUGAAAUGAUAAUGAAAGGUGUUUGUUGAUAGGCAGCUUUUGUUGCGAACUGUAAGGGAGGACGAUCGACGAUGGAGGACAACAACGAGAACAGCCGUUUAUAUGCACACUUUCUCCUCACACACAAGCUUAUUUAGCGAUGAGCAGAAGGCAACAUUUGCUUGCAAUGGUUGCAAUGGAAGGGAAACGAAGCUGAAGCUUUUUUUCAGUAAGUUUUCCCUUUUCCGCACCUAAUUUCGAUCAGCGCCGAGCUGGAUUGAUUGCUGUUUGCUUCCGCUUGCGGCUUAUGUGCGUUUGCCAAGCCUAUUAAAGCCUUUUAAUCAUUCUACUCGUUAGAAGCUGGAGAUACAAAAAGGGUAACGCCAAACCCUGCUGUCACAUUAUAAGUAAUCGCGCCGUGUAUGAUGUGCGUGAAUUAAUUAUUUAUUUUUACAUAACCAUAUAAUUUAUUGGUUUUGUUUUGCUCUUUUAUUUUUAAUAUUUUUUUCUUGAUUGUUUGUUUUGUUUUCUGAUUUUAGCUUAAGUGUGAAGAAGGCAACAAAAAUGGACGAGAGUAGGAAACGAAAUUGUUAGCGUGUGUGUGUUUGUGUGCGUUGCUAAGAAAACGGAAGGAGUUUAAAAUAUGUGGCUGAAAAUAGCAAAACAAAACCACUUCAACUGUGUACGAAACAACAACAAAAGAAGUAUAAAGUGAAAAAUGCAACAAAUACAACAAAAGUAAGUGUGUGUAAGCUUGAAAAAAACCCCGAAAAAACGAAGAACAACUUCAUGCUGCUGUGUUGCAAA